UUUUUUUUUGCAAUAGAUUCCAUUUAGCAUGAAUGCACAUAUUUUGGAGGAAAAAAAAAGAAAAAAAAAACUCAUAUGCAUGUGGAUGAAUCUGUGCUAGAUACAAAUGCAGUAGAUUCUUUUCCAGUGGUGGAGCUAAAUGUUGUGAAGAGGGUUCAAUUAAAUCCCCUUUGUCGGAAAGUUAUGUGGUGUAAUUAGCACAAUAAGCUAAAUUUUUUUGUAAAUAUAUUAAUUGUUGAAUCCCAUUGGUGUAGUUAAGUGUAUUCACUCAUUAUGGUAGUUUGGAUCUUUUUAAAUCCCUUUCCCCGGGCAGAAGGGCAUGGUGACUUGACAUUGUCCUUACUAUAGAUAGAUAUAUGUAUAUGUAUAUGUAUAUGUAUGUACACAAUAUAGUACUUUGUCUGUCCCAAUUUAUGGUAAGGUGUUACUUUUUGGUGAGUCAAACAGUUUUUUCUUUGGACUAUAGUUUUUUCAAGCUUCUCAAAAAUAUUUUGAAACAUCAACUAUGUUGACUUGUAGUACUUUUUGUGGAGUUUUCAAAUAUUUAAAUUUUAUUUGAUUUUUAUGAAGAAUCUAGUCAGACUUAAGUGUUUUGACCCUCGUACUCCGAACCGCUUCAUAUAAAUUGGGACAGAGGGAGUUGUAGAGUAGUCAAUGUGAUCUAGUGGAUGGCAAAUAGAAAUGCUUAUAGAUGAGGUAUGCAAGGGUAGUUUGCCGGCCAUGUGUAUACAUAUAUGGAGUCCAAGGCAGUGUGUGCAUUCAAACUUGCUACACACAUAGCAGAUUCACUGCCCAGGGCAUAAGGCUCUGUAAAGAUGGCUGCUAAUAACGUACCAACAGAAGUUGAAAGCCAGAAGAUUUUUGGCUUAGCCGAAACGGAAAUGGAGUACAGGGUUGAAUUCUUUAACAAGCUCACCCAUACAUGUUUCGACAAGUGUGUCGAGAAAAGGUACAAGGAGCCUGAGCUAUAUAUGGGCGAAAAUACCUGCAUUGAUCGUUGUGUCUCAAAAUAUCAGCAGAUUACAAACAUCAUCGGUACGAUACUCGCUAAUGGAGGACGAUCCACGUGAAAUUCUUCCACACCUGAUCAUAUAAUAUUUUUGGAAGAACAGUAUUUCGCCAUCAUAUUUCCUGCUAGUCAGAUCCCUGGCAUCAUAUGAAAAUCAGCUUGUAUUUUUCAUUUUUUAAAUUCUAUUACAUCGAGGGAUCUACAUCACACCCCUUUGGGGUGCGGCCCUUUCCCGGACCCUACUAACGUGGGAUGCUUUGUGCACCGGGGUGCCCUUUAUUACAUUGAGGGAUCAGGUUAAGGGGGAAAGAGUAUAGAUAAAUGGAAAUUGUGAAAAAUUCCUGCUGAUACUAACAGACGGUAAGGGUUAGUGUUAACAUUAUGGUUUUGUUGGUGCCACCAAAGCCGUGAAAUUUUGAUUUGGUUUUGUUGGUGCCCCCAAAGCCAUGAAUUUUUGUUUUUUUGCGAAGAUUUCAGGUAGUGUACUCGGUCAACAAAGAAAAACAGUUUUUUUUUUUUUUUUUUUUGAAUAUUUCAGUACUUUCUUAAAAAAAUUUAAGCUUUGUCAUAUGAUCAUUCUGAUGUAAAUGACAUAUCCUGCUCCCAAAUUUGUCAUAAUUAUGCAAACAUUCUAUCUAAAUUUUGAAAUUACAUUGAGCUUUCUUGUAAGCUUUGUCUUUCUGAUGUUAAUAAGAAAUGUAAUUCUACCGA